CAUCGACCCAUGCUAGCUGAACGAUGGUUAAUCUGUAGCAUUGAAGACAAGAGUGAUGGAUUUGGCUUCUCGGCUGCUGUAACCUAAGUAAGGUCUACUACUAAUUUAGCAUUAUUUGUGCUUUUCAAUUAUGUAUGCUAGCACACAGCCCUAUACGGUGUUGGUUAGUAUCGCACCCAUCAACUUAGUAUAAGUAGAUCCCUGUAUUUCCCGUAGUGAGUGAGGACCAUCACAAGAGCCAAUACAUACAGUAUUCCUACGCAUCCACCAUGACUGAGACUGACCUUACUCCAUGGCCCCGCGAUGGCACUGCCAGCAUUGCCAGCCAGCUCAAGAGCGGGUACAACCACACAGUGUCGGCCAUGUGGCAGGCUGAACGGCAAUUACACAAGGUGAAUACCAAUUCUUAGGCCAUCCCAGCCCUAUUUAGGCACUGACCGAAUCCAACAGUCGAUGUUUAUCUACCCCGUUUUCCUCAGUGCCGACCCCGACCUGGAAGAACCCAUCACCAGUCUCCCCAACCAGUACCGACGAGGUAUCAACAAGCUGAUACCAUUCCUCGCCCCUCUAGUCGCCAGGGGCCUUCACUCGAUUAUACUAUUCGGCUCGCCGCCGAGCAACGACAAAAAAGAUGCUAGUGGCUCCAUGGCCGACAGUCCGGAUGGUCCCAUCAUGCCGGCCAUCCCGCUAAUCCGAGAGGCCUUUCCGGAUCUAUACUUGGUUGCCGACGUGAGUCUCUGCGAGUAUACACACCACGGACACUGCGCGGUGGUGUUCCCGGAUGGCACAGUGGACAACGAGGCGUCAGUGGCACGUGUGUCAGACAUCGCUCUAUCGUUCGCCCAGGCGGGUGUCCACUGCGUCGCACCUUCCGACAUGAGCGACGGCCGUAUCCGCGCCAUCAAGCUCAAGCUCCUCCAGCACCGACUCGAGAGCAAGGUCGCCAUCAUGUCCUACUCCGCCAAGUACGCCAGCUGUCUUUACGGGCCGUUCCGCGAGGCUGCCUCCUCCGCGCCGGCCUUUGGGGACCGCAAGCGCUAUCUACUGCCACCGCCGGCACGGACCCUAGCCCGCAAGGCGAUGCUGCGCGAUAUGCAGGAGGGUGCCGACAUGAUCAUGGUCAAGCCUGCUUAUCCCGAUAUCCUGAGCGAUGCCAAGAAUGUCUCCACCGUGCCGGUCGUCGCCAUGCAGGUGUCCGGUGAGUUUGCCAUGAUACAUGCCGCUGCCCGCGCUGGAGUGUUUAACCUAAAGGACAUGGCGUUUGAGUCGACUGAAAUUAUUGUUCGCUCCGGGGCGGAUGCUAUUCUCAGUUACUUCACUCCAGAGUUCCUGGAUUGGUUGUGAGUUGAAGGGGGAUAAGUAAUGAUUUUGGCCAUUUCUGUAUGAGUGUAUAUAAAAAUAUUUCCUUUGUAUGACUGCUUAGGUCAAGCAAUUUCCUACGACAUAAAAAGAACCUCCAAAAUUGAUUUUA